AUGAGGGUGAACAUCUACCUGCUCGUCUUAGUGCUUGGCUAUAAGGCUGCUGCAGGAAAAAUCCACGAAAUAGUUGAAGAAAAGACACAGGUGACUCUACGAUGUCCUCACUCUGUGGAGGGAGACGUGACGUGGAGCAGAGAGAGGAAUGGAGACAAAACUGACAUACUGACAGUUAGUGGAGGCAGAAACAUAAAACACAUUCAUGACCCCGGCAGACGAUACGGUUCAUCAGCUGAUAAGUCACUGCACAUUGUAAAACCUGUCGUCUCAGACUCUGGAAGAUACUUCUGUAACAAUGAAGCAGCUGCAGAUCUGACGGUGAUCCCAUCAGGAACAACUAUAGUCAUUGCUCAAGAGAGGACCAGCAUCACUCUGACAUGUCCUCAUGAUGUCGGAGCAUCACAUGUUCCAACAUGGACCAGAGACUCUGGUGGAAUACAACCAAGAAGGUUUGAUGUUUCCCCUGUUGACCAGACGUUGACUAUAACAGACGUGCAGCCUGGUGACUCUGGACUUUACUACUGUGAUGGAAAACCAGCUGUUUCUCUGAACGUGAUCGAAGGUAACACGGCACCACGCACAACAACCACAACAACCACAAGGACAAACCCAACAACCCCGACGACAACAACAACAACAACCCCGAAAACAGCAACAGCAACAUUUCCUCCAACAGAAGCACGAGUAACAACUGUACCAUCAACUCCACCUCGGACUGAUAAAGAUACGACUACAACAAAGAAACAAAGAGACAACAAGAAGAAAGCACAAGUAACUGUACCGUCAACUCCACCUGGGACUGAUAAAGAUACGACUACAACAAAGAAACAAAGAAACAACAAGAGGAAAGGUAAAAAGACAACGACAACAAGGACAAACCCAACAACCCCGACAACAACAACAGGAAAUACAACUUCCACAAACGCAGUCCCUCAACCGCUUCGCAGUUGGGUGAUUGGAGUAGUCGUCUCCUUCGUCCUCCUCCUCUUCCUCAUCAUCGUCAACUUCACUCGGAGACGGUUUAAAAGACAAGGAAGUGAAGAAAGAAGCCCCGUCUAUGAAGAGAUACAGGAGGGAUUUUUGCUUCAGACGACUAAUGGAAGUGAAGAAAGAAGCCCCAUCUAUGACGAGAUACAGAAUGGAUUUGUGCCUCGGCCGACUAAUGUGACAUCACUUCCUAAUGAGUCCCCAUAUUCCUUGAUUGGCAACAAUUAUAAUAAUAAAGGUUUGUCACAGCAAAUUGACAACACGUAUUGUUUACUGAACAACACGUAUUGUUUACUGGAGAAACCCAAAGCAACGGCAAACAACCAGAACCAAUAACUCUGCUCCAUCAGUGCAGCCGGGGGAAUGACUGUAACGGCUCUGUAGCGACACUUUCUACCUAUUUAUAGUAUAGUUGUGAUAUCACAAUGGACGGCUCAUUUCAAGGCACAUUUUCUGAAUACUGGCUGUGUGCAUUUCUCUGUGGAUUGAACGUUUUUUUUACUUUCACAGUAGUCUAUAUAUCGACAACGAUUCAUUUACGGGAAUGACCCAGUGCCGCUGUAAAUUCCGCCGGAUGUCCCUCUUUUCGGCAGGGUGUCCAUCACCUUCCUCUUUCU